AAACCAAAUCCAGGUCAUCAUCAUGAUUUGGGCCGGCCCAAUAUCACAAAGUCGGCAACACUCUCUCUCUCUCUCCACUCCUUUAUAACUAAUCUUCAACUAACCUUUCUCUUUCCCUCUAAAAUUUCCACCAAAAUUUUCGACAUAUUUACCAAAAAACCAGCCAUUGAUCGUAAAACCUUUCCACCACCGCACACCCCCUCGCCGGGGGUAGUGCGUCGUCUCCACGCGCCGCCGUUAUCUUCUACUUCACUUCUGAAACAACACUCGUGGUCUCCGGAUCUAAUCCGCGAAGAAGCUUGGUCAAAACGUCAAGAUAUCUCCCGCCACCGUCAUCGCCGCCGUGGAAAGAGCUUGACGGACGAAGAUCUCGACGAGCUUAAAGCAAGUUUUGAACUCGGAUUCGGUUUCGGAUCUCCCGAAAUCGCCGAUCCGAGACUUUCCAACACGCUUCCCGCGUUAGAACUCUACUUCGCCGUUCAAAAAAGCUACAACGACGCCGUUUCUAACAAGUCAGCAACGUCGUCUUCUUCACUCUCCGACGGCGAUACCAGUCCUCACCACACCGUAUACCAAACAAGUGAUGAUCCGCAAACGGUGAAGACGAAGCUGAAGCAGUGGGCGAAAGUGGUGGCAUGCACCGUGAACCAAUCGCCGCCGAGAUGAAAAUUUGACGGCGUUAAUUUAAACGUCUGUUAAACGUGGUGGGGAUAAAGGUUAAUCCCGGACCGGGAUAAGUAAAAUUGAGACGGCCAAACAGUCGGUGGAGUCUAGUCAGCAUUGUAAUAUUACACACACAAUAGUAAAAUACCAACAUAUGUUGGACCCAACUUGUUUAUAAGUGUAUUGUUUAUUGUAUAAUGCAUGAUUUGAUUGAUCUUCUGUUAGUAUGUGAUAUAUAAACUUUUUAAAUGCAGCAGAACACAAUUUGCAAAAGUAUAUUCUUAGAUUCUGUUG